UCAAGUUGCUGGCUACUGGUGCAUCGUGCUUCUGUGACCUAAUUCAUCUUGAAUAUCGUGAGGCAUGGCUGGACUCAAUUCAGUUCACGCCUCUGUCCUAUACUUCUUCUUCUCGCUCUUCCUCGCCGUUGCCCCUCAGACCGUGCUCACCGAGCAAGUGCUGAACACAUUCAUCUAUACCCGGUAUGGCGAUAGGACUCCUCUAGUCUUGUCGUCAACGCCUUCGUUGACUCCUUUGGGAGCUCAACAGCUGUAUGGAGCAGGUGCCAAGAUCCGAGACAGGUAUAUUUCGCCCAGCGACGGUGACUAUACAGCGUCCUCCACGAUCUCCGGCAUAUCGGCAAAUCAGUUGGCAUACGAUCAGAUCAAUAUCUUGUCUACCGAUGAUCAAUACGUGUCGGCCUCCGCUUUGGCGUUCCUCCAGGGCCUGUAUCCUCCUCUGGAAGAGUCUUCGAACUGGACAUAUAUUGAAGGCCAAAGCACCGUUGCCAAUGGAACCAACAUUGUUGCGCCCCUGAAUGGCUACCAAUAUCCUGACAUCACAACCAUUUCGAGCAAUGAUCUCAAUUCUAUAUGGGUCAAUGGCAUGGACAACUGCCCGUCGUAUACUGCUUCGGGUCGGGAUUAUUAUCAAAGCGUGGACUAUCAAAGUCUCUUGAACACAACCAUGGAGUUUUAUACGAGCCUGGAGCCAGAUUUUCUCGAAGGGGUCUUCUCCAGUGCCGGGGUCGGCUACUAUGACGCCUUUUACAUUUAUGACUAUCUCAACUAUGCUUAUACCCACAACAGUACUGUCAGAAAAUCGUUGCGGGAAGAAGAUUUGACCAAAGCCAAAAUCCUUGCAGACGAUUGGGCAUUUGCAAUGAAUGCUGACCUCUCGGCAUCCGGCACAACGGCAGGUGAUCAAAUACGAGCAAUUGCUGGAAGAACUCUUGCUACUCGACUUCUGACAGCUUUCAACACUGCUAUUAACACGCAAGGGCAGACUGAGAAAAUGACCCUCUUGUUCGGCAGCUAUGAGCCCAUGAUUUCCCUUGCGGCCUUGACCAAGCUGGUCUCACAGCAAAACGCCGCAUUCUAUAACAUGCCUGCGCCUGGGUCGAGUUUCAUUUUUGAGCUAUUAUCACUGCAAGCUGGUCAAACGGACGAAUGGCCCAAUACAACAGAUAUCUACGUCAGAUUUCUGUAUCAGAAUGGUACCGAUUCUGACUCUUCUUUAGUAGAGUAUCCCCUCUUUGGGCUCAGUCCUAGUCAAGGCGUUGUGCCUUUCCUGGACUUUGUUGCUAGUCUAGAGGAGUUCCUGGUGUUCAAUGUCGGGGAUUGGUGUACGACAUGCGGAAGCUACAGUGUGUUUUGUCCAGCAUUCACCGACACUGACGGUAGCUACAAUCCUUCUUCGGGUUUGCUUUCUUCUAAGCACAAAGGGCUAUCUCCAGUCAUUGCUGGGGUAAUUGGAGCCGUGGUCACCCUUGCAGUAGCGGCAUUGUUGUUCGCGGCACUAAUGCUACUGGGAGGUGUGAGACUACACCGCGUCCACACAAAUCGCAGAUCUGAGAUGGCAGGAUUCAAAGGAGGCGCGAAAAUGGCAAGUGAUCAGGACUUAGUCAUACCCAAGGGCGGAGCAGGGGCUACAGUUGCGGUGGCAGCAGCAGAAGGAGAAUCACACCCAACUCGCGGUCACGAGAGAGUUGGAAGCUGGGAAUUGAGGGAUCAAGCAAAGGCGGAAGAGGCACAAAGGGAAGUUCUCGGCCAUGGACCAACAAAGCCACGACGUCCCAGUUAUGAAGAAGACGACCUGCCAAUCACUCCCUAUACACCAGCGGUUGAUCCGCACAAUCAUGUUUAAUGACCAUUUGAAACAAGGAAUCACGAUGACUCCUAUGAGAUAUGUUGUUGGUUGAGGGAAUGGGGAACAAGAUGGCAGGUAUCUGGUGUUCAUUUCUGCUAUACCCGGGAUUCAGCAACUCCCACUUUAUACACGCGUUUGUAUUUGACCGCGAUGGGCGGCGAGCAUCACCAGAAUGAUAAUACCUCCAAAUACCGCCGCACCUCAUUCACUGCCCGGUACUGGCGUAUCACCGCCUGCUGUUUUUCGCACAUUGACUGAAGCCGUCGCGUUCUUCACCCGCCAUGUUUGUUUCCUCUC